AUGACGCGGGCGGCGGGCCCUGGGGUCGCACGCAGGUCCGCGGCCCCGCUGACGCUGCAGCCCACCUGCGGAGGGACUCAUGCCGGCGACUGGGUCUAUGCUGUGAAGCGCGACCACGACCCUGUGGUGGCGGCACCCUGGGCCUACCAGAAGCAGGCAGUGGCGCCCCGCCCAGCCAAGCAGCCGCUUGCCGUUGACAUGCCGGUGCCGCACCUCUAA